AUGAGCGACGACGACGCCGGCCGGCCGGCCGCACAGCUUCAUAGGAUGAGCGACGACGACGGUGGGAAUCCUGGAAGGAAGAAAGACAUGAAGAGGAAAAGAGAUGGAAUUCGGAAAUUUUUCAGACCAGUUGGUUCAAGCUCACAGUCACAGCCACAUGAACAAGUAGACGACCUGCAAGCAGGCGAAGAAAAUGAUCCUAAUUCCACUGAGCCAGAACAAGCGACAAUUAUAACCACAAAAUAUGAACGAGACCCAGAUGGGGAGAUAAAGGAGCGUUUCAUUGAUCUUAUUCAUGUUAGUGACAUUUGUGCUUUGACUCUCAAGAACUCAAUUAUUGCUGUGUUAGUUGGUAAUGGGCUGAGUGUGAAAGAUAUCAGAGGGCAAGGCUACGAUGGAGCAAGUAACAUGAGAGGAGAGUGGAAUGGGCUUAAAGCUCUAAUUCUCCAGGAAUGUCCUUAUGCGUACUAUAUUCACUGUCUUGCUCAUCAACUCCAAUUGGCUCUUGUUGCUGCUUCAAGGGAGGUACCUAAGGUCAACAACUUCUUCCAAAAUGCAAAUUUUAUUGUAAAUACUGUUAGUGCAUCUCCUAAACGCAAUGACGAGCUGCUAGAUAAUCAGGCUAUUGAAAUUCCAAAGGAGAUUGAACUAGGAGAGCUUGACACAGGAAGAGGAUUAAAUCAAAUUGGAUCUUUACAAAGGGCCGGAGACACAAGAUGGAGUUCCCACUAUAAGUCAGUAAAGAGCUUUUUAAGGCUGUUUGGUCCAUCAGUUUUGGUACUAAGAGGUGUAGCAAAUGACCGUUCAGUUCCAUGGGGUCCAAGAGGAGAUGCCGAGGGUGCCCUUAAUUUUCUGGUUACAUUUGAUUUUGUCUUCAUUCUACACCUCAUGGAGAAAAUUAUGAAGAUCACUGAUGUCUUGUGUGUCAAACUCCAAAGUAAAACUUUGGAUAUUGCAAAUGCACUGGAUAUUGUUUCUAACACAAAGCUAUUGCUUGCUGAAUUGAGAGAAGGUGGAUGGGAUAGUCUUAUAGAAGAGGUGGGCGCCUUUUGUUUGAAGCAUGAGAUUAAUAUACCGGAUAUGAAUCAAAAGUAUGUUGAUGUGAAGAAAUCUCGAAAUAAGCAUGACAACACCACAGUAUUCCAUCACUACAAAGUAGAUGUGUUUAAUGCUGCAAUAGAUCAACAACUGACAGAGUUGAAUCAUCGAUUUAGUUCUCAAGUAACUGAGCUUCUAGAUCUCUGUACAUCCUUGGAUCCUAGAUAUGACAAUUUUGACAAGUUCAAGAUAUGCAGACUAGUAGAAAAAUUCUAUCCCGCUGAUUUUUCUAGUCAAGAGAGGGAUAGGUUGGAGUGUGAGCUUCCACAUUUUCAGCUUGAUACAUGCAACCAUCCAGAGAUCAAAAAUUGCAAAUCACUUGCUGAAUUGACAAAAGGAAUAAUUAAGACUGGCAAAUCAUCUGAUUAUCCAAUGGUUAAGAGGUUAUUACGGUUGGUGAUCACUCUUCCAGUGUCAACUGCAACAGCAGAGCGAGCCUUUUCUGCUAUGAAACUAGUCAAGACACCUUCGCACUAA